AUGACUGCACUGGACCCGAAUUCCACUGACAUAUAUUACGAUUAUUGGAUAGACAACGUUUACCCUGCCAGACCUGACGAAUUACAAGACAUGAAUCUAUUUGACUUUUCGAAAGACUAUGAUUUAGUUAAUACACGGCCUGUUUCAAAUAAAGUAGAGUAUUAUGUUUUAGCAAAUAAAAAAUACUUAAAAAAACGAGAUAGACCAUACGUAAUUAACCAUUACCCGUAUGAUGUAGAGCAAAUACCAGAAAAAUAUUUCUUUUCCUUGUUGUUAUUAUUUAAACCUUGGAGAAUACUAGAUGACCUAAAAAUGCAACAUGAGAUAUACACAGAAAUAUUUAAUGCUGUAAAGGACGAUUUACAAGAAGCGUUACGCUACGGAAAUUUACGGACUGAAUUACGAAAUAUUUUACAAACAGCUUUUGAAAAGGUAGAAGAAAAAGUAGCAGAACUAAACGAAGAAAGGGAAAACAAAGUAGAUGAGGGACCCGACAAUCCUUUAGAGUUUGAAGCUUUGGAAGCGGUAAAUGCUAUGGAAGAUUUAAAGAACUUUGAUUUAGUUGAAGAGGAUAUUUCUGAAAUGAAUGAGCAAGCAAUGAUAGAUAAACUGAAUUCUGACCAAAAAAAGUAUUUGAUACAGUCACUAAUAAAAUUAGGAACCAAAAAGAAAUAUUGCGACAUUUUGUUAGUGGCACCGGUGGCACCGGCAAGAGCUAUUUAA